AUGUCCCUCCUGCAGCGUCUCCGGCAAUGUCCUCCAGCUGAUGCCGGCAUCUGUCUUCUGGGUUCCGUUCCCUGCGACGUCAGGACGUACGGGGACGGAAUUGGCGGGAAAUUUAAAAAUGUCAAAAAUAAAACAUUGCUGUAUCAAAGCAUUUCACAUACAUUUUGUCCCGAGUGCUUUGUCCUGUGCCCUGCCUGCAUUUUUACUGUUCUUUCUGCCUGGAAACUGAGAAUUGUCCAUGGCGUCCAAAAAGUGUCCCUUUAGGUCAAAAGCGGGUUUAGAUCAGCUAGAGAACAGCGAUAGUAAAUUAGAACCACUUGCAGAAUUGA